AUGGUAAAACUUCCGUGGUGGAUCCCACAAGAACGGAAUGUCCCUGAAACCAAAGAAGAAAUCGACUCAGCUUACAAGAACCGCAAAGUUGAAGAUGUUGUAAUAAUUAGAGAGUAUCGUGAUGAGGCAAAAAGGCCAUGGUGGAAAUUCUUUGAUGAAUUCGAGUACCGUAAAGAUGUCCCCAAAUGGAGUUGGCUCGGUACUGGGGCUUCACCACAAGAAAGAAAGCUUCUUCUUAAACUUGAUGCUCAUAUUGUCAUCUAUGCAAUGUUAGGGUAUUGGAUUAAAUUCCUUGACACUGCUAAUCUCACCAACGCUUAUGUAUCUGGGAUGAAGGAAGAUGUGGGGAUGUUUGGCAAUGAUUUGAUUGAUACCCAAGUGUUAUUCCAAGUGGCAGCUAUUUUAUUUGGUCUCCCACUUAUGUACCUUAUUCCUAGAUAUCCAACCACUUAUAUUUUAUUUAUCUCUGAGCUUGUAUGGUCAUUGUUUACCUUGGUGACAUUUGCAACCCCAAAUGUGCCUGCUCUUAAAGGUUUCCGAUUUAUGGUUGGUGGGUUUGAGGCUGCAUAUUUCCCAAUUAUUCACUAUACUCUUUCAAACUAUUAUAAGCCCUCUGAAAUCCUGUCUCGUGCCAGUAUUUUCUACUGUGGACAGUAUUUGGGGGUUCUCACUGCUGGUUUGCUUCAAUCGGUAAUCUAUGACACUUUGAAUGGCGUUCAUGGACUACAAGGUUGGAAAUGGAUGUUUAUUAUUGAUGGUAUCCUUUCUUUCACCGUGGCGUUCCUUGGAUUGUUUUUAAUGCCAGGGACUCCAUUCAAAUGUUAUUCUAUCAUAUUAUCUGACGAUGAUAUCAAACUUUGUAGGAAAAGAAUGAGAGAAAAUGGAACUGAUGGUGGAGAAGAUUUAACAAAUUUCUUAGAUUGGCCAACUUGGAAAAAAAUGUUGCAAUCAUGGCAUUUUUGGAUCAUGUCAAUUGCUGGAAUUGGUGGGUUUAAUGCCAAUAACACAACCAUGGGAUCUUUUGCGUUGUGGUUAAAAUCUGAAAACAGAUUUUCCAUUGGGAAACUUAAUCAAUUGACUGCAAUUCCACCAGCUUUGGGAAUUGUUUACGUUAUUUUCACCUGCUUCGGUGCCGACAUUACUCAAAAGCGGUUCUUAAUGGUUAUUUUUGCCCAACUUAUGAACUUAAUUGGGUGUGUUAUCCUCACAGUAUGGGACGUUGCACCAGCUGCAAAAUGGUUUGCCUUCUAUUUUGGGUAUUGGUCUUGGGCUCAGUCUUCAGUAUUUUAUCCAAUUUUAAAUGAUAUCUUGAGACAUGAUGCUAACCUUAAGGCUAUUGAAUGGCAAGCUAAUUACUUGAUAGGUCAACAAUCGUAUGCCUGGAUAUCUAGAAUCAUAUGGCCCACUACUGAUGCUCCAAGAUUCAAAAAUGGGUUUUUGGUGGCAGGUCUAAUGGGUAUGAUCCAAGCAGUCUUUAUGGCAAUAGGGUAUUUCUUCUAUAAAAGAGAUGAAAGAAGUAGGGCAGCUUCAGAAGGAAUUGUGGUUUAUAACUCUGCUAAGGGCGAAUUACACCCUGCCACCAAUAUCAAUAGUGGCUCAGAUUCAGAAGAGAUUAAUGAUGAGAAACAUUUAGAAAAAGUUGCUGUCUCCGAAACUAAAAGCGAUCAACUCAAUACCACCCAUUAA